CCCGGACCCGCGGCCGCCCAGAUGUCGUUUCCCCCUGUGGCUAUCCUCUGAGGAGAAAAGACAACAAGUUGAGACGUGUUUAACAUUUCACAUCCAGACUGGGUAUGGUAAAGAUGCUGCUCUGACUUCUGUUCACCGCUGAGCUCGUUGAGGGUAUGUGAUGGCUCUACAUGGCCUCAGCAGGGCCAGAAGCCUAUAGCCUAAGCCUCAAGACAAGAAACCAGUUCCAAGUGGACAUCCCAUCAGGGCUGACAGUGCCACCUCUCACUACAAAGCUCCACAAAAACGAGGCCUGGUACUUUGCAAAGCAGCGGCUGAAGCCCAUCUGGCAGCUGCAACGGAAUCAUGUAACCACUCACCAGAGCCACCAUCCAGUCCACUCAGGGACCUCUUCCCAGCGUUCUGGCUUCCUGUAUCCCGACUUGCUGUGUCGUGAGGCAGUGCUGCUGAGCAAUCCUUUAUCUCAGCCCCAUUCUUUCCCAAACUUUCUCGGAAGCACCCUGCUCUAUCGACGUUCUUACUUCAGGCACAAGCCCUAUCGGAGGCUUGAGUCCAUCUGCUUACAGUCAAGUACUUUGGAGAAGAAACCUCUUCACUUCCCAUCUACUGUCUUUCACUCUAUUCCCAAUAACACCAUGUCAUCCUCAACCAUGGAUCCAUUUCUGGUGCCAAGCACCCCUGGUGGGCGUUGCAGUCCAGUGUCAAAGGGGUUUACCCUCAGCUCAGGGAAGCAAAGCUCCAGUUCAUAUAGACCAGUUCUAAACAAUAACUCUUUCCUGAGGCCAACUAGUGCUAAAGUGCCUUUGCAGCAGCACCACCACCACCACCACCAACCACUACCACCAGAAAAUAAGAAACUGAAAGGCCUGUCAAGACCACCAGGGUUCUCCUGGAUUCAUUCUGGGGGAAACGGAGAUUGUUCAAUAAAUCUGGAUAGGAAACUUGGGAAAAACAGUGGCUUAAUUUUAGACCAAACUGGUGCCAAAUCUGGCUUACCCAUUCACAACAACACAGUCCUCAAAGUAGAUCGGUCAUCUUGGCGAGCUGAGGAUGGUGAAAAUAGAUCACAGAACUUGAAAGAACAAAAUGUGCGGUUGACAGAAGCCAUGAGGAAGCUUACUGCAAGUGGUGUCCGGAAGGUUAGUGCCUACAAUGAGUUUGGUCACCGCAUUGACAGCUCCUGCCUUAUGAAUGCAAACUUCCACUCCACUCUAUUCAGUCGGUGGAAACCACACAUUGUAGCACAGAUCACCCCCAAAGAAGUAUCAGCUGCUGCGCCCCCAAAUCUGGAACAUAGUGGCCGCCGCCAGAGCCUUACUGGUACAGAAGGUGCUGAAAUCUGCACUAAACGCAUCAAUGUUCGCUUUCUAGCCUCAGAUCCUGAACCUUCUAACCAUACCACCUCAAGCCCAGCUGUCAGCGCUUUAUGUGUCAGUAGUCCACAGCAUGUGGUAAAACCAGAGCUGUCCCCACAGACUACUGUCUCUGAUGAAGAGACAACAAUUUCCUCUCUGCCGUUUGGCACAGACACAAAAUGGGUGCAGUCUACCGCUGUGAAAGAUACUGACUCUGCACUUAACUUGCCCCUAUUGGACCAAGCAGAAGUGGAGGACAUAGAGGAAGAACUCCCUGAUGGCUUGGAAGAUGUCUGCAGUCAGGAUGAGGAGGGAGAAGAAGAUGAUGGUGAAGGUGAAUCAGAUGGUUCAUCCUCCGCUGGAUUAUCCCGUAAUGGUUCUGUUGCUAUUAUAUCCAGGAACUGCAUUGAAGGAUUGGUGCCACCCCUUGAGGGGCAAGAGCGAAUUCUGAAGCCAGCCCUUAUAUGCAGCCUGUUCCCUAAUGUGCCUCCUACUAUAUACUUUGGUACCCGAGAUGAGAGAGUGGAGAAGCUUCCUUGGGAACAGAGGAAGAUGCUACGAUGGAAGAUGAGCACUGUGACUCCCAACAUUGUGAAGCAAACCAUUGGCAGGUCCCACUUCAAAGUCAGCAGGAGAAACAAUGACUGGCUGGGCUGCUGGGGCCAUCACAUGAAAUCUCCUGGGUUCAGAAUUAUCAGGGAACACCAGAAGCUGAACCACUUUCCUGGCUCAUUUCAAAUCGGGCGGAAGGACCGUCUGUGGAGAAACGUGUCCAAAAUGCAAAUGCGCUUUGGAAAGAAGGAAUUCAACUUUCUUCCCCAAUCCUUUAUCCUCCCUCAAGAUAUCAAGCUGCUCAGGAAGGCUUGGGAAGAUUGUGGAAGCCGCCAGAAGUGGAUUGUGAAGCCGCCAGCAUCAGCCAGGGGCAUUGGCAUCCAGGUCAUCCAUAAGUGGAGCCAGCUGCCAAAGCGCAGGCCGCUGCUUGUGCAAAGAUACUUGCAUAAACCCUACCUCAUUGGUGGAAGUAAGUUUGACUUAAGGAUUUAUGUUUACGUCACAUGCUACGACCCACUGCGUAUCUACUUGUUCAAAGAUGGACUUGUCCGUUUUGCCAGCUGCAAAUAUUCCGCAUCAAUGAAGAGCCUCAACAACAAGUACAUGCACUUGACCAACUACAGUAUCAAUAAGAAGAAUGUUGAAUACAAAGCCAAUGCAGACGAAACUGCCUGCCAAGGUCACAAGUGGGCACUGAAGGCACUCUGGAGCUAUUUGAAUCAGAAAGGAAUUGACAGUGAAGCUAUUUGGGAGAAGAUAAAGGACAUUGUUAUCAAAACCAUUAUUGCGUCAGAGCCCUACAUAAUCAACCUUGUGAAAUUGUAUGUGCGGCGCCCUUACUGCUGCCACGAACUGUUUGGGUUUGAUAUAAUGCUGGAUGAGAAUCUCAAGCCAUGGAUCCUGGAAGUCAAUAUCUCGCCAAGCCUCCAUUCAAACUCUCCCCUUGAUGUGAGUAUCAAGGGUCAAAUGGUCCGGGAUGUCCUGAACUUGGCUGGUUUUGUGUUGCCAAAUGCAGAAGAUGUGGCAUCACCUUCUGGAAGUACCAGCAGCUCUACAACCAGCUUGAAUACUACCUUGAAGGAAAAAUCCAGGCCAUCUCUUGAAUUGUUCACUGCUGAGAAGACAAAGAGAGCUUAUUAUCUGACCCAGAAAGUGCCUGAUCAGGAGUUUUACUCCACCAUCCUGGAUGUCCUGACCCCAGAUGAUGUACGAAUCCUGAUAGAGACAGAGGAUGAGUUUGCUCGGCGUGGACAAUUUGAACGAGUCUUCCCUUCACGUGUCUCCAUGCGCUACUUACGCUUCUUUGAGCAGCCGCGCUACUUCAACAUCCUUGUUGCCCAGUGGGAGUUGAAAUAUUUCUUGAAUAAGACCAAGGGGGUGGAUCUGCUCAGAAGCUGGUGUCACAGAGGCUAUCACAUCGGGAUAGUAACAGAUAGCACACUGAUGUGGACGCUUCCAAGAACCCAUGUCUAUUUGAAGAAUGAUCUCCUCUUGAAUGGCAUGAGCAAGAUGGAAUCAGGUCGAAUCAGCAGAGCCCUUGCCCAGCGAGAUGAAGAGGAAUCAGGCCGAAGCCCAGAAGCAGCAACUUGCACUCAGAGCUUACCUUUAAUUAAAUAUACAGCUGGAACUCUCAAGAAAGGCAUAGUUCCUCAGGCCUUCAGCAAUUCAAGCCUGGUAAAGUGAUGAGGAACCACAUGAAUGGCCAGUUUCCCCUCCCUAGCAGUGUGGGGAGAAAGGGGACACAUACAGCCUACCUCAGCGGAAGCUAGGAAAGCCAGCCUUGGAGGUGUGGGGAGAACCUCUUGUCCAGCAUGUCCACGCAAGGACUAUUUUUUAAGGGAAUUGGGACAAAGGGGAUAUGUUGUCUUUCUUGAUCAAAAGGGACAAAAAUUCCAUUUAUAUUUUUUGUGACAAAGGAAGUUUCUAAACACAGACUGCUUGGAAAACUUAUUUAAUUUUUAGUGUGAAUUCGUUGCAGUUCAUUGACCUUGCCAUGUUCCUCAUCGCCUGAGCCACAAGUGCCUCUCACUGCUAAGUGCCAACUUGUUAGGUUGGGCUGAGCAUUGCAAAUCUCGAUGCCAGUUUGUAAAAUGUCCUGCUACCAAGUGACCACACUGUGCAUGUUUGCAGUCAGCUUAAAAUUCCAUUAAUUCACAGCUGGAUAGAACAAAGUUCCUGUUCACCAAACAUGGUAUUACAACUUUUAAAAUGUCCUAUCUAACUCCAACAGACAUAUUCAUAAAUGUUGUAGUAUACUUUUAAGAUAAAUGGAGGAUGAGGGGGAUCUUUGGUACUGUCUUCCUGAUGAAGUUCAGUCCUUGAUAGCAUUUUUUGCUUAUCUGUUACUCUGGUGAAGCAGGUCUUGCAGUGUGCUGGCCCAAAGUACUAAAUUAACAUAAAGGUUGUGCUGUUGAUCUUGUCUUAAACCAUGAGAAACAUCUCCUUCAGAGUCUAGUGUGGUGCCAGGCUGGGCCUUGGGGAAAGGAAUGUUAGAAGGUGGCAAAAUCAAGAUUAUCAUUAUUAAAUCAGUGUUAAAUACACUCAUACCAUAGAACACACUUUGCAAUUUUUUUCUCCCCUAAGGAAGAUCUGAUUAAAGUUUAGCAAUUGAAAUUGCUUAGGGGUAUGUUAAUUCUUCUAAGGUCUGCAGCUUCUAAAUCAGUGCCUCCUUAUGUCCCUUAUUACUUGAGGUUUCUGCUCCUUCUGAUGCAGUCUCCUUACACCCAAUCUUAGUCUAUUACAGGAUGUCCUCUCUGUGCAAGGCAGCUCUUGCUUCUGACUGUACCAUCACCUUCAACACACACCUGGAAAGUGCUGGUAAAUUUGAUUUCUGCAGCUCAUGUGAACUGGCAAAAGCUGUUAACUGUCCUGAUGCUUGGGUGUGGAUGGACUGGUAUGAUGAUCUACUUUGCACUGAGAGCUUCUCUGCACAAGACUUCUGACGUGUUCUUCACGUGUCAGGAGAUGCAAUGUUAGCCAGGAAGUGUAGUUUUAAAAGUCAGAGCCAGCAGAGUUUGCUUGGGAGGGGAUCCGCCCUUCAUGACCGGUAGCAUGCUGGACUGUCUCCCCUUCCAGAGCCUUUGCCCUGAUGAGGCUCAGUUAAUUCAAAGUUUUAAGCAAAGUGUGGCAGGGCAAAGGUUCCAGAAGAGGAGUCAGUCCAGCACACCAGUGGCGGCGGUGGGCUGUGAGAGAAUCUGUCCCCUCUGGAGUGAUCUCUGCCAGCUCUGUUUUUUAAAACUAUGCUUCCCAGCUAACAUUGUGUCUCCUGGCACUUGACAAACAUGUGCCCAGGCGUCUCUUGUAGAGAGACUCGGAGAUUUUGGCACUUAAGAAUAUUCUCCAUAUAUGCCCAAGCACAACUUGCAAGAAGCUGCUAGAUUUCUCUUUGGUAUCUCUGAGACUAGUAGGUGAAAUUGGCAGCAAUGUAGACUGAAGGAUAAAAGUCCCUUUGUCCGUGUCCAACCCCUUACUCCCAUCCCACUUUGGCAGAGGCUGUUGCCAGUACUGUGUAGUUUUCCAUGAGAUGGUAAGAUCUGGAUGCUCCACUUAUUUGUCAUUUAUUAUUAUUCCCAGGUAGAAUAAUGACACUCUAGUCCCCUGUGUGCACUUCCCCCUGUGGUGAAAGAGCACUUAGUGGAUCAGAAAUCCUAAACUGCUUUAGGGAAAAGAGGAAGCAGAACUCCUAUGGUAUAACUUUCUUAACGAAAUUUCUCCUCUCUUCAUUGCUAGGGGCAUAGAGCUAUGAUGGACACUGGGGUACAACCCCAUGUAACAAUCCUUUCUGGCCCCCAGCAUCUCCUUCAGUUACAGUAACGUUUCUGACCUCCUUUCUUUUGGAAAAUACGGAGCUAUGAUUUACUUCCUGCUAAAUUGCAUUGUUACACUCAGAUAAAAUUAUUUCUUCAAUUACUUAUGUAGAGCACCUUUUCUUGAUUAAAAAAAAAAGAUUGUCACAGCAAAGAAGUUCUCCUGAUCAUAUAACACCAAACCAAGAACAACCUAAUUCUUACUAGUAGUACCAUUUAUAUUCCCAUGCUCUUUGGACUAGCUAAUAGAGAUUGAAAAACUUGGUGAAUAUGAUGAGAAUGAGAUUCCCUGGAGAGUUGGAGGGUAGGCAUGCAGUAUGGGGAGUUGCUUUUUCCAUAUCCCUAUAGCAGUUCUAGAAGCAGUGUUGUCUGUAUCAUGUCAUAAUGUGUUGCCUGAAAUAUGGUUUUAUAAGAGUCUGCUGGGGUAGAAAGUUUCACUUGGAUUUCUUCUUGCUCCAUUGUCAAUAUAGAGAAGUAUACCUUGUAGAUGCUCGCUUUAUCUAGAAUGGUGAAGUCUAAUUUGGUGAGGCAUGACACUAUUGGUUGCCUUUCCCUCUUGGCUGUUCAGUUCCACAUCUUGUAAUCUACCAGAACAUCCCUGCAAGACAGAACUCUUUUUCUUGUCUUGAUCCUGGGCCAGCUAGGCUGUGGUUGUGAUUUGGGAUGUUGAAAUGGGACAUACAAUAAGUAGUCUUCAGUGGGCAGUUACCAUUCUUCACUGUAGAGCUUUGUAAAGUGUUGUGGGAAAGUGGGAAGAAAUAAUUGCACUAACCUCAGAUGGGUGAGAGUCUUUUUUUAAAAAAAAAAGUGUGGUCCCAGAUAUUUCCUUACUGUUUAGGAGCUAAGCCUAGUAGCUGCUGCAUUUCUAAUUAAGUGAGCAGAACCAAUUUCUGUUGUGAAAUGAAAAACACGUGUGUUUGUCUCUCUGUGUGUGUUUGGAGCGUGCUUCCUACUCCUAACAUUCUCAGCCAUUAGUGUUUGCAUGUGUACUUUGUACAUAAUAUAACUGUUAGAGCUUUUGUCUCCUGUCACAUGAAUCAGGAGGGUUUGCAUCAGACUGUGAACCUAUUUUAGGAGCCAGCCUGUACUGGCAUAUACCCGGUAACUGAGUUUAUUUUGUUCUUCCUGUUAAAAACCAGUGUUCCAUGUCCCCUUCCUUUGGCUUUGUGAGGGUGUCGAUCUUUAAUGUGUCCCUCUCAAAUCCCAGAGCAACCAUCUUCCCCAGUGAACUAAUCUGACUCUUUGGAUUGUAUUGAAUUACCUAAAAUAGCUAGCUAUGUAGAAGUGUGAAAGUGGAUAGGGUUCUUCGGGUGUCCUGAGGAAUUCUCCCAGCUGCCAGUCUCCCUAGUCUGCCUUCUCAACUUCCUAUCACCAUCCGUCCUUCUUGGUAUUUAAAUAAUUGCUAGCAAAUGGGUGUUUACAUAGUGGGAGUACUAGUUUACUCUAUUACCUGUGUUUCCUGAUGGCACCAUUGAUGGCUCCCAGAAGAUACAUUUCUCUUAUUCUUAUCCUCUACCCUUCGUAAGCAUUUGGGCUUUGCUAUCUUAGUAACAUCUCUAUAGAAACUCUCCACAAACUAGUGAACCCUACAAAACCUGGAUAGAUUUCUAGAUAAAAGUUCUCCUUUAACUUCCAUUUUAAUGAAACAUUUGUUGUACUCCCUGGUGGCUUUGUAUUAUUAAAAGUAGACCUUGCAGCAAACAGUUGCCAAGGUAGCUCUUAAUAACUAUGCUUUUAUACUGCUCUCUAGACUAAUUAGUGCCCCCUCAAAAUGGUGAAGAAGUGUUGUUCUUAUCCCUACAAUACAGGUGGGGCUGAGAGAAAUGGCUUACCCAAGGCCACCUACUGAGCUUAUGACAGUAGUGGGAUUAGAACCAGCAGUGCUCUUCCAAGCAACAUGCUUAAUAUUAUGAGGAAGAGAGAAUUAAGAACAUGUCUUUUGGGGAGUUUUUCUCUUUCAACUAUGUCUUGCAAAAGGCUAUAAAAUGUGCCCUAAUAUAUCAAUAAUGAAAAAACUAUUACUGGAAGGAGGACAUGCCAUCUCUGUACCCUCUUCAUUUCAGAGUUUGAAGCCCCAGUAAUUGCUGUUUCAACCUGCAUAACAUUGCUUGCUCCGUCAUCGGAAAGAACUCUUCAUUCUCUUAUGUUCAGGUCAUUGGUGCAUUGAUGGUCCUUUGGACUUUUAAAGUAUAUGUGAUCUGGAGGUAGUAUGUGUUCAUCCUGAAAGGGUGUCGUAACUUACUAUAACUUACUCACUCUUUGCUAAAUUAAGGAUUUUUUAAAAAAAUAAAGCUUUUAAGUGUAACUAACUAGUACUUUCAGUUUUUUACUCUUUAUCAAUGCAGCACUUUGGGCCCAAUCUGAGCACAUCAAAUGAGUUUGUUGAGAUGGGUUGAAAUCAACACAUUCCUGUUCUUGGGGUCUUCUGGGCAAGGCAUCCAUUUCUUGCAAGCCUUUAGUUUGAGCUCGAGUCAGUGAUGUUAUCCUCUCUCUCUCUCUCUCUCUCUCUGUCUCUGUCUCUGUCUCUGUCUCUGUAGGGAUGCCAUGAAUUUCGCAGCAACCCUGUCUGGCAAACUGAUUUACCUUGUUUGACACAAAUAGACCGAACCAGUCGGGGAUGUGUUGGGAUUACACUGACUAUUAAGUUUGCAGUUGCCUGCUGGUCAGAAGCCAACCCACAGCUUGGGGGAUUAGUUGGGAGUCAGUUUUGACCCACCUACUCAGCAAAAUAGCUACAGCUGAAGUUGCAAAAGGGAUAUGAGAGAGAGCAGGGACAAAAUAUAUGCUUUUGAUGCACUGCAGAAGGGAGGGUGGAAAGACCUCCCCCUCAACUGGGUAAAAAACAAAUGCACUGCUUGUUUCUCUGUGGACCUAGCCAGAUAAAGGGUAUCAUCUGACCUGAUUAUUUCUCACUUAAAUUUGCUGCCCCUUACUGCUUGGCACUACUGCUUUGCUUGAGCACCAAGUGGUUCUGGCUAUGGAAUUUUGGCUGGCAACACACUCCAAAACUUCCUUCCUUGUUCUGCAAAGCCUCAAACUAGCAUCAGUCUUGUAUCCUCCCCUUUGCAGGGCAAACUUACCCAACAGGGAUAAAGUUUCUCGGUUUACAAUUCCUGUCUUCUGAAUUUUGAAUAUGAGCUGUUGCCAAGACCAAUUUUUGUUGGCAUCACUCCCUACCAUUUUGGUUAGCACUUGGUCGAUACUGUCUUUGCCAAAUCCUGAUCAGUAUGCCAGAUUUUACAGAAUCUCAAGUCAAAAAUGGAGGUGGCCUGGUAAAAGGAAUGACUGGGACUAACCAUUCAGCAUCAUGGAAUGGUUGGCUCAUUAAAAAGGUGUUAAGCUAUGCAGGACCUUUAGAAGAAUCCUGGGAGGCAGACUCAACUGUGAGCCCCCAAGACUUUAGCUAUGAUAUUGCAUAUUUUUAUGUAAACUGAGUAAUCAAGGCUAUAGUCCAGGGAACAGCUGUUUUUAUACCAAAGAUUGCUUUGUAUCAACUCUUGCUGAAACACGCAAAUCAUUCUCAGCCAGUUCUCAUUCAAAUGGACCAGUCAAGCUUCUUUUCAUGUCUCCAGUCCACCCCCACCAUUGGACCAAUGGGAGGCCUCCAAUAUGCCUUGCCCUCCCUCCUGUGCCAAGCAGAGGUGCUAAUUCUCACCUUCCCAGACUUGCCCCUCUUAGCUAGCCUGCUAAAGUCAAUUUUUUUGUGGUGCUCAAUCCCCAUAACCAAGCGUCCUUCCCAAUGCUGGUGUAUGCUUGCCAUCACACGCCACUCUGCACAUGCAUUUGCACCUGCUCACCUUCUGUGUGCUCUUGAUCUUGUCACACUGGUCAGACCCAACCUAACUCCCUUUUUGGAUUUAGUGCUUAUAAGUGCUGCUGGAUCACCCGCUUCGCUUCCUUUGGACCUCCCUACAAGCCACAGCUGAGGGUCACCAGCCCUAGGUGACCUCAGAUGAUUGUCCGAGACAGAAAAGUGUAAUAUUCCCCUCCUCCAUCUUUCCCUCCUCUGCUUUUCACUGCCCUCCUUCUCUCAUUGUCUGAGGUAUGCACAGCUCUAUCAUGGUAACUAGUGGUUGAGAGCCAGAAUCAGGUACUAGUACUGAUGGGCUGUGUUUCCAGUUACCAACUUUCCAGGCUACUGAGAUAGUCACCCUGGAGAAAAUGGCAGCUUUGUAGGGCACACUCUAUGGCAUCACAUACCCAUUAGUUCCCUUCCCUCCCCAAACUCCUACCCACACCAGGCAUAGCCCAAAUUUUUCAGGAUUUCAAAGCCGGCGUUAGCAACCUUGGCUGUUUGGUAUUUUGUGCUGAGAUGUAUAGAAAUACUGCUAUGACUGCUUGCUAUGAUCCUUUGUU